CCCACGGCCGCAGCCAUCGCAUAUGGUCUGGACAAGAAGACCGAGAAGAACAUCCUCGUGUACGACCUUGGCGGUGGAACCUUCGAUGUCUCCCUCCUCACCAUUGACAACGGCGUCUUUGAGGACAAGCGUUCCAUCCAGAAGUUGCGCAGGGAGGUGGAGAAGACCAAGCGAGCGCUGAGCUCCACUCACCAGGCGCGCCUGGAGAUUGAGGCGCUCUACGAUGGUACUGACUUCUCUGAGACACUGACCCGCGCUCGCUUUGAGGAGCUGAACGCCGACCUCUUCAAGAACACCCUUGGCCCCGUGAAGCAGGUGUUGGACGACUCAGGCCUGAAGAAGAACCAGGUCGACGAGAUCGUGUUGGUGGGCGGCUCCACCCGAAUUCCCAAGGUGCAGCAGCUGAUCAAGGACUUCUUCAAUGGCAAGGAGCCCAACCGCGGCAUUAACCCCGACGAGGCCGUGGCGUACGGCGCUGCCGUGCAGGCUGGUAUUCUGAGCGGUGAGGGUGGCCAGGAUUUGCUGCUUUUGGACGUGACGCCAUUGACCCUGGGAAUCGAGACCGUGGGCGGUGUCAUGACCAAGCUGAUCUCCCGCAACACAGUGAUCCCGACAAAGAAGAGUCAGAUCUUCUCCACUUACCAGGACAACCAGCCUGCGGUGAACAUCCAGGUCUUCGAGGGCGAGCGACCCAUGACCAAGGACAACCACCUGCUGGGAAAGUUUGAGCUGGGUGGAAUCCCCCCUGCUCCUCGUGGACAGCCCCAGAUCGAGGCUCUGCCGCUCUCGCAGACUAGCGAGAAGAUUACCAUCACAAACGACAAGGGCAGGCUGACCGAAGAGCAGAUCGAGAAGAUGAUCCGCGAAGCCGAGGAGUUCGCGGAUGAGGACAAGAAGGUCAAGGAGCGUGUGGACGCCAAGAAUGCUUUCGAUGGCUACAUUCACUCCAUGCGAUCUGCUACAGAGGGCUCUGGAGACAACAAGGGCCUCAGUGAGAAGAUGGACUCCGAUGAGAAGGAGAAGAUUCUAGAUGCCCUAAAGGAUGGCCAGUCUUGGCUGGACUCCAACCCGGAGGCAGAUGCUGAGGAGAUCAAGGAGAAGCACAAGGAGGUCGAGGGCAUUUGCGCGCCCAUCGUCUCCAAGUACUACGGCGGCGGUGGUGCCGGCGGUGCUGGCGGCGCAGACGACGACGAGGAGGAGGCACACGACGAGCUGUAA